GAAAACGUGUUAUCUUGAUGAGUUUGAAGAACCUCAAAGGAAAUUAUUAAGCUUAAGCAUUAUUCCCCUAAACGACGACGGGAACUGUGACAAGUUGCGGAUACUCUUUUUGAAGAUGAUCUCAAGUCAUUCUCCGACAUCAAACAGAUCAGAUGGAUUGUCAGCAAAGAGCGAGCUCUAAAAUCUAUUUUGCACAAUUUGCCAUCUUUAGCCUCCCACUUAGAGCACAUGGCCGUCGGUGAUGGCAAUAGCGAUGAAGAGAAGUCCAGGGCACGAGGCUUGCUGGAUAAUGUUUUGAGCUUCCGGUUUGUUUUUUGGCUUCAUAUUAUGCUAGAUUUUUUAGUGUUGUGCCACAAAGUUUCACGAAAAUUUCAGCAAGACAAGUUAACAGUACUUGAAAUUCCAGAUAUCAUCACUGGUUGCAUUGACGGUCUUUCUGAUCUUAUUGAACAAGGCGGAGACUAUCGAAAAUCAUUCAAUCUGAAAUUCAAUGCUUACAAAAACAAAUUUGGCAAAAUUCAGUUGCGAGGUAGAAGGAUGACGAGAGAAAGUGCGAAAACAGACGGCAUAGACUGGGACAUGAACGCAACAAAUCUAGUUGAAAGUUCGAUAGCGUAUCUGAAACAGAGAUUUGCCUGCUUUGAUGAAGAACCAUUGAAGCAUUUCAAGAUAUUUAAUUUUAAGUUAUGGCCAUACAACGAGAGCGAGUUAAAGAAGUUUGGUCAUAAUGCUAUCAAAUCCCUACUGGAAGCGUUCUAUCCAGCUCUGGAGAAGGCUAGCUGCAAAAUUAAUGAGGUGCCCAGUCAAUGGGGCAGACUCAAACGUUGUCUGCUGCCACUUCGCACUUCUCCUUUACUUCCAGUGUAUAGUGAUCUAUUGAAGGCAGAGUACAAGAACCCAGAUCUAAGCAGUAUUUUGCAUCUUGUUGACAUCAUGUUCACCAUCAGUCCCAGCACUGCUGAAUGUGAGCGUCAAUUCUCAGGUAUGAAAUUGAUCAAGUCAAAUCGACGUAGUAGAUUGCAGCAGGCAACUUCAGACAACCUAAUGAGAGUUCACUGUGAUGGUCCUGAACUGGAACAGUUUGCCCCUGAUAACGUCAUCAAUGCAUGGCUUAUGCGGACACCUGGGAGCCGCCAUAUUCAUGGGCAUCACACUUCUAGAAAGCGCAAAUUCAGCGAACUUGACCAGUCUGAUGAGUCGGAUGAGUCAAUUUGA